AUGAAGCGAAAAGGAGGUUCUGGAGAUUCUGAAGAGCCUGACGCACAAGGAGAGCCGUGCAAUGAGGAGGGUGUCGUGGCGUUUGCGCUGUACAAGCCCAGGCCUAUGAUCACAGACAUGACGAAGGGAGGCAUGGGAGAGAUCGCGAGGAGGAUGUGCCCUUCCACGCCCCCUUGGCCUGUCGGCCAGCUCGACAGGUGCACAACUGGGCUCAUGAUCUUUACAACAAACGGUCGCCUCACCUGUCACCUCAACAGCCAUGUGGCCAAAACCUACCGUGCUUGGUAUGAUGGCUGGGCGAGCAGCAAUGGCAGGAGCUCUGGUGAGCUGACAAAUGAGCAAUGUCAGCAGCUGUUGCAGGGCAUCUGCCUGUCGCGUGACGAUGGGUGGGCAAAGUUCGAAACAGUGGAGAGGAGGGAUAGCGAAGAGCUCCCCAGUGUCCAACUGCCCACAGGCGAGGAGAUCCGCAAGUUCCGCUACUGCGCGGACGUGCGCAUCCGCUGUGGCAAGUUCCACGUAGUGAAGCGACUCUUCAUGUCCGUUGGGAAAUCGGUCAUCCGACUGCAACGCCUGGAAGUGGCCGGCCUCUCUUUGGAGAAGUGCGGCCUUCAGAGGCCCGGUGACUUCAUACAACUGUCUGACGAGCAGAUUGAUUUGCUUUGGGAGGACUGCUCCUGCAAGCCGGUCUAG